UUGUAAAUAAGAAUUUGUUCUUAACUGACUUGCCCAGUUAAAUUAAGGUACAAUAAAUGACUCACUCCUAUUACAUUGGUCAGGAAAGUAGGAGGGAUGUUGAAACAAGCCGAGAGUGGGCAGAAAUAUUGGCCUCCAAGCGAUUUUUUUUUACACGGUUUUUUAUUUGAAUUGGGCCUCAUAUUAAUGUUCUAGACUAGGGUUAGGUAAAAUGUGUGACGUAUACUCGAAUGAGGUUCAAGUUUGAACGGGUUUGUUCUAGUCUCUGACCAAGCAUGCAACUCAGAGUCAAGUUCGAGCAUAGGGUGACGAUUUGACGAAUGCAUUAAGUUUAGAUGCAGCAGCAUAUCGCGCUGUUUAUUGCGAGAACACUUUCAAUUUAAUUGUGUUUCGACUCUUUCACCGGGGAACUGUCAUGUCGCGGUGAGAACGACGUUCUUUUUAUUUCUGGGUUUCGAUAGUAACACUUGUGCACUUGCACACUUGUGUAAUAAUGGAGAAGGAUUGCGGUAGAAACGAUCAAAAGCAAGACGUCAAGAAGACAGAGGUGUGUUUUGAAAGGACCUGUUCAGCACUAACUGUGGACGAUGUAUACGAAAUAGCUAAAUUGAUUGGCUCGGAAGUGGAAACACUUAUUGACGGCUACGGUAAAGAGAGCGCCACAGGACUGGUGCCUAAAAUUGUCAAAGUUCUAGAACUUUUGGAGAGCUUCGCAUCGCGGAACCAUGCUCACAAGUCAAAAGAAGAAGAAUUACUUAAAGCGUUCGAAACACUUAAUGUACAGAAACAGAAGAAGACGAGAAAUGUGAAAGAAUGCGAAGAAAGCAAGAGCGAAAUACAACGGCAGGAGGUGCAGGAGGAGGUGGAGAAGCAGAGGAGGAGGUGCGAGGAGCUGCAGGCCCAGGUAUUGCAUCUACAGAUGGAGAAUCAGGAGUUACAGAGCUGCCUGAGGGGCAACCAUGUCCAGGAAGACCGUGUCCAACGGCAGGAGCGGGAGGUGAUGCUGAAACUGAAGGAGGUGGUUGACAAGCAGAGAGAUGAGUUGAGGGCCAAAGUACAGCAGAUAGGAAGCGUGUCUAAGGAGGUGGAGGCGCUGCAGGAGCAGUUGGAGCGCUUCAUGAAGAUGAAUGGGGAGCUGAGACACAAGCAGAGCAUCGUCACGGCCCAGGUGAAGAAUGCUGUGGAGAGGAAGGCUGACAUGGAGGCAGACCUCCGAGAGAAACAGAAAGAGAUAGAACGCCUCACCACCCAGCUGGAAAAAGCCAACACUGCUGCUGGCACGGCCAAUCCGUGUAAGACCGAAGUGGACCUGACUGACAAGCUCGUGAUAGACUUGAAGGAUCCCAACAGACCCUGUUUCACCAAGCAGGAGGUCAGAGAGAUGCUGACAGAGAGGAACGAGCUCAAAGCCAACCUGUUCCUGGUGCAGGAGGAACUCUCCUACUACCAGAGGGAGAUCCUGAAUGAUGAGCGGUGUCCAGGCUUCUUGCUGGACGCUGUACGUUCUGCCAUAAAGAAACAGAAAACUGUCAUCAAGGCCAAGAUGUUGGGCAUGCCAGAGGAUGAAUGCAGCAGUGAUGAGGAGAAAGGACCCCUGUUUGAGAGGAGAGCAGAGACAGAAACCGGGACAGACAACACUGACAGCAAACCACAAGAGUCUCGCAUCAGGAACCUCUUUGGCUUCCUGACCCGCUCCGGCAGCAACCACAGCAGCCGUAGUCCCGGUGAAAACAACGCUGCUUCUUCCUGGGAAAUCAUCGACGACACUGACAACACUGCGGAGACAGAACCCCGACAAUCACCAUGACACCCCUCAACACCCAACCAACUACACUCCAUUCUGUUCAGUUUUCACAGGAUGUUUCAUACUGGUUAGGUCUCCACAGCAGCCCUAAGAAAGGAAGAGCAUUCUCUCAUCCCUUCCUUCUUCAUUUGUUAUUACCCCCUUGUCCUUGCUCUGUAUACCUUUCUCUUCCUCUCUCUCUUCCUCUUCCUCUUUCUCUUCCUGUCUCUCUUUCUCUUCCUCUCUCUCUUCCUCUUUCUCUUCCUAUUUCUCUUCCUCUCUCUUUCUCUUCCUUUCUCUUCCUCUCUCUUUCUCUUCCUCUCUCUUUCUCUUCUCUUCCUCUCUUUCUCUUCCCUCUCUCUUUCUCUUCCCUCUCUCUUCUCUUCCUCUCUCUCUUCCUCGCUUGCGCUUCUCUCUCCUUUCUCUCGUCUCCCUCUUUCUCUUUCCUCUCUCUGUCUCUUCCUCUCUCUCUUCCUCUCUCUUUCCUUCCUCUCUCUUUCGCUUCUCUUCCCUCUGUUCUUUCGCUUCCUCUCUCUCUUUCUAUUCCUCCUCUCUCGCUUCCCGUUAUCUUCUCUUCCUCUCUCUUUCUCUUCUUCACCUCUCUCUCUUUUUUCCGCUCUUUCAUCUUUCUCCUUUCCUCUUUCAUCUUCCUCUCUCCUCUUUCGUCUCCUGCUCUCUCUUUUUCGUCUCUCUUCCCUCUCUCUCUUCUCCCUCUCUCUCACCUCGUCUUCUCUCCUCUUUCUCUUCAUCUCUCUUUCUCUCGUUUCUCUUCUCUCUUUCCUCUCGUCCUCCUUUCCUCCUCUCUCUCUUUCUCCGCUCUCUUUCUCUCUCUUUCUCUUCUCUCUCUGUUUCCUCAGGAUAGGUUCAGAAUGGUGAAAAUGGCCAACUGUACACGUUGCAUUGACAAUAACUGUGCAGGACAUUAUUAAGAGGGCCUUUUUUUACUGGAUAAUGCUUUGGUCCUUGUUUUAGUAUUUGUAUUCAACAUUAUAGUGAUGUGUAUGGUAUGUAACCAUCUACAACAAAUCUCUGUUGAAUCUCUGAAGCAAAUUUGUAUUGAGAUAUUUUAACAAAUAUUUUUAGCCAAAGAUACCAAGAUAUAUUUUGAACGCAGCAAUCAUUAGUCAUUGCAGGAACACGUUUGUUCCACAGAGGGCAUUCUAACUAUUAACAACCAUGGUGGACUUCCAUGUGUUUAACAUUUGACCUAGUGUGGCUGUUUUUGGUGUGCUUUGUGGUUGCUGUAAUUCUUACAAUCUGUCACUGUCUUGGACAUGGUGUGAGUUAUAGGAAACGUUUUGCAGUAAAUUAUACUGUGUGUUACUUCUGAGCCUGAAUGUAUUGCCACAGAGUAACAGUCAUUUAUUGAUUAGACUUUACAUUCUUCACCAUCAGCUCAUCUUACAUUUUUGAUAGAGUCCUGUUAUGAGUUCAACCAUGUCUUCCCUAGGACCAUGAAUUGAGCAUUGGGGUUGGUUGUUAUGCAUGUGGCUGCCAAGUGUGCGUGUGCACACCUGUCUCUCUGUGUGUGUGUGUGUGCGCGUGUGCGUGCGUUCGUUCACUGGAGCACCAGCCCCUGUAAGUUAGUUGCUGCACUUACAGAGGAAAUGUGUGUUUCCUUGGGGGUAAAUGGGAGAUGGUGUGUGUGUGCCGUCACUAUCCUUCCAUCUGACCAUGUCGUUAAACAAACACACACAGAAACACACACCUACAACAAUGGCUGCCCCUGCCCACUACCAUAACUUAUCGGUACUCAGACAUCUGCCUCUGGCGUAGUUUUCUGACAUUCUAAAUGAAUGCUGCUGGUGAUUGUGUUGAAUGACGUAUUUUCCUACAAACUGUAUGUACAUGUUAUUUUUGUAAGCAUGACUAUUUUUAAACGGAGAAGCCUCUGAGCUACAAAAAACAAAUAAAUAUCUGAAUUUAAA